ACACAGAGAACAGCCAAAAUUAACACUCUGUCAUAGGCUUAAGCUUUUGUGUUAUUCUUUUUUUUUCUCUCUCUCUGUGUAAUGUGUUGUUUUGUAUGUAUCUUUGUACUUGCAACUUUACAGCUCAAAGUUCCAUUUUCCUAUCUUCCUUUCUUUCUCUCUCUUUCUGGCCUUUAUUUGUUUUGAGUGUAGCUGGGAAUUGAAUGUUGGUUACUCACUUGCAGAUCGAAUCUAGCAUUUUCAGGGAGCAUUUCUCAUUUCCUAUUGCUGGUUUCUGGGUGUUACAUCUUGUUUACUGUAUGUCCGAGGGAACCGCAGCGCAGCCUAGUCUGCCAGAUGUUUUUCAGUAGCCUUAUUAUGCUCGAUCAACGCCGAGAUGGGCAGCUUCUCUUUGAAAACUCCGGAUCUGUUGUUUUUAAGCGUGCUGUUGCUUUGCAUUUUCUCAAGAUUUGCGCUAGCACUCAAUCCUGAUGGUCAAGCACUUGUCAAUUUUAGGAUCUCAAUAACUGGUUCUGAUGGCGUUCUUGAGAAGUGGAGACCAGAAGAUUCUGACCCAUGUGGCUGGAAAGGAGUACAAUGUGACCCAAAAUCAAAGAGAGUUACAUCUUUAAGCCUUCCUAAUCACAAACUGAGUGGAUAUUUGUCACCCGAUAUUGGGAAGCUAGACCAGUUGCAGUUUCUAGCUCUUCAUGACAAUAAUUUCUAUGGGACAAUACCUCCUACAUUGGGAAAUUGUACAAAGCUGAAAUCUUUGUUUCUACAGGGUAAUUAUUUAAGCGGGUGGAUUCCUGCUGAUUUGGGAAACCUUCCUGAGCUUGAGCAUCUAGAUCUUUCAAGCAACACUCUCAGUGGAGGUGUUCCACCAUCCCUUGGCAAGCUGAAUAGUCUUGGCAGUUUCAAUGUGUCAACAAAUUUCUUGGUUGGUGAAAUACCUUCAGAUGGAAACCUUGCCAAAUUUGGAAAUGAUUCCUUUCUUGGAAAUCGUAACUUGUGUGGCAAGCAAGUCAGUCGGGACUGUAACACUGGAGGUUCUUCAGUUGCUGGCUCCCCGGUUUCAGCCCAAAACCAAAGUAAGAAUGGUCGACUGCUUAUUAGUGCAUCUGCCACUGUGGGUGCGCUGCUUUUGGUGGCACUUAUGUGUUUCUGGGGCUGUUUCCUCUACAAGAGACUGGGGAAAAAUGAUGGCACAAGUCAUGCAAUCGAUGGCACAGGUGCAUCGAUUGUGAUGUUUCAUGGGGAUUUACCUUACACUUCAAAGGACAUCAUCAAAAAACUGGAGGCUCUGAAUGAAGAACACAUUAUUGGUGCGGGGGGAUUUGGAACUGUAUACAAACUUGCAAUGGACGAUGGCAAUGUAUUUGCCUUGAAGAGAAUUAUCAAGAUGAAUGAAGGCUUUGACAGAUUCUUUGAAAGGGAGCUUGAAAUUCUUGGGAGCAUAAAGCACCGGUAUCUGGUAAAUCUGCGAGGAUACUGCAACUCUCCAACAUCAAAGUUGCUGAUAUAUGACUUCUUAUCUGGAGGUAGUCUGGAUGAAGCUCUGCAUGAGAGAUCUGAGCAGUUAGAUUGGGGUGCACGGCUGACUGUAAUCAUGGGAGCUGCGAAAGGGCUGGCGUAUCUACAUCAUGAUUGUUCCCCUCGAGUAAUACAUCGUGACAUAAAGUCUAGCAACAUUUUGCUUGACGGAAACUUUGAGGCUCGGGUAUCUGAUUUUGGACUGGCCAAAUUACUCGGGGAUGAGGAGUCUCACAUCACAACAAUUGUAGCUGGCACGUUUGGAUAUUUAGCUCCAGAAUACAUGCAGAGUGGUAGGGCUACUGAAAAGACUGAUGUUUAUAGCUUUGGAGUUCUGGUUCUUGAAGUUAUAAGUGGAAAGCGCCCGACUGAUGCAUCAUAUAUCGAGAAGGGUUUCAAUAUUGUUGGAUGGCUGAAUUAUUUAGCAUCUGAGAAUAGACGAAUGGAGAUAGUUGAUCCGCUCUGUGAACGAGUGCAGACUGAAAGCCUUGAUUCCCUGCUUUCAGUUGCCACUCUGUGUGUAUCUUCAAACCCCGACGACAGGCCCACAAUGCACAGGGUUGUUCAGAUUCUUGAAUCUGAAGUCAUGACGCCAUGUCCCAGUGACUUCUACGAUUCAAACUCAGAUUGAAAGCUCUAGCUGGAUGUGAAGAAUAUUGAUGACUUGGGUCUGCAUCUGCAACUUCAUGCAGUAAAUUGGGUUUAAAGUCUGCAAAGAUUCUUUGUAGUAUAUUUAUGCUAUUCUUUCUGCAGAUAAGUGACAAAAGAUCAUUUCAACUACCAUCAUUCCUCAAAUUCGGAGUUACCAGCUAUUUAUCACGAGGUUCAGCGAGCUUAAUCCUGUUUUUGAUUCCUCAUCUUUCUCCGGUGCAUUGAGCUUUUCGUUUCACUAGGGGAACAGAAUCUGUAGGCUUUCUUGCUAUAAUUGUAUAUGGAAAACGAUUGAAUUAAUUUUGACAUCUACCUUUUGCUUAAGUUAAUAUCCUUUUGUAUAUUUCUAUUUUGAUCUGUUUUGUAGUAGUACAAAUUCCCUUCCACUUAUGAUGUCAUGAAAUGGAAGUAUAUUCAGUUGAUUUUUA